AAUCAGCCAGCAUGUGAGACACAAUUCUGGAGGAAGGCGCCCAGGCAACACGAGGAGAGAGUUUGGAAAUGUCAAAUCCGUGGUCUGUGUUGGAGUUCUCAGCACGCCGCACACACCCAAUCAGUUACAGGAAGUAAGCUGAGCCUCUGUCGGAGUUGUUUGGAGCUUGAGCUCGGUGCCACACUGUGCGUAAAAUCUACCUGUCAGACGCAGCAGCGGUGCCAUGGCGGGGAGAGCUCUGCGAACAAAGUCCGUUCUUCCCGCACGCGCGGACUAACUUCCUUAUUCACGGAUGCCAUAUGUUAUAUGUUGUGCUACCAUGGUUGUUUACCUAAACUGAUAACGUGAAGUAUGGGAAAGGAGGGUCUGUCCGUCUCAAUCGAGUCAGUUUUCGCCGAGGAACGAUGCUGAACAAAGCUGCGGAAGGAUUUUGCAUCACAGCCUCCAGACUGCCAAAUCAUUGUUGGACCUCCCGCUUUGAUCCCCUAGACGUUUGAGCCUGCCAUCAUGGAGAGCCUGAGUGAGCUCCAGAACCCCCUGCUUGACAAAACCAGACACAACGACUACCAGGGCUACCAGUGUGACUACCCGAGCCAGCCUUACCAGGACAGCCUCAUCGGCUACUACUACACGGAGACUAAUGGCAAGAAGACUCAACAGUUCCUGGAUGCUACCUCCCUGCAUUUGGCUGUGGAGGCCUUUUACAGACCAAACUUUAUCCUGUACAAGGACGACAUAAGUCUGCACAGCAAGGACUCCAAGAGCGAGAGCUUUGAGACCACGUUCACAGAGAGUAAGGACAUCGUGGUGGAUGGAGUUUCCACGGAGAUAAACCUGGCCAGCACACAAGGAGAGAAGGACGAAAAGAUCCAGACUGUGUCGUACGACGUGGAGGAGGAGCAGGGUCCCGAGUACGAGAGUGACAGCUCCAGUGACAGUGAAAGCGAGGACAACUUCAUCGUAUUGCCCCCUCGGGACUACCUGGGCCUCGCCAUCUUUUCCAUGCUCUGCUGCUUCUGGCCCUUGGGCAUCGUUGCCUUUUACUACUCUCACAAGACUGGCAAGGCCAUCUCUAAGGGAGACUUCUCCAGAGCAGGAAUGAGCUCAAGAAGAGCCCUGUUCCUGGCUGCUCUCUCCAUCACAGUCGGGACUGGGAUGUAUGUGGGGGUGGUGGUGGCCCUCAUAGCCUACCUGUCCAAACCUGGACAUGUAUAACACUGAAGCUGGUCAGAAAGAGAGAAAGACAAGGCAAAGACGGUUGGGAAAGAAAAAGAACGAGUUGAAUAGAUCUCUUCAACUCCCCUGAAGGUGGGGGCUGUCUGCAAAAAGAAAAGACAAAGAAAACAAGGUGAGGUGAUAGAGCAUUACUUGGACUGCAUAUCGAUCAGACUGAAACAGUUCCACCGAGGUAUUCCACAACAACAAGACAAAAAGAGUAGACUGUGCAGAGAAAGAUGAAUGCUCUUCCACAAAGACUGCUGUACCUACAUGAAAAAACUCUGCUCAUUAAAUUGAAGAACUACCUACCUUUUACCAUAGUCGUUGACAGCAGUUUUAUUUUACCUUAAUAGUAGCUGUAUUCUCUGUCAGUGCUAUAACAUAUUGUGUAUUAUUGUGAAUUAAUUUCUUGGAAAAACAGAAAAACAGUCAGCCAGUGGGUUUUUAUGUGAUUGCUUUCCAAGGAAUAUACCAGAAAUUCAUCCAGACCUCAAACAGAGAGAAGUGGACACUUUAUAGAGAGUAUAAAGGUGAUUGUCACAUUGUACGUCACAUGAAGUUGCAAUCAAUUGUCAGGACGUUUACUUUUGUUUAUUGUGUGCUGUAAAUAUAGUCAAUAAAUACAUUUGGCAUGAAUAAUGAGA